AUGCGCAGGAGCCUUUUCAUUCCUAUCCGCGCGUUCUCUAAUGGGUCUUUGCAACUCUCUGGCCUUAGAACAAACCCAACACUUCCAUGGAUUUCCCCACCUGACCUUCCAUACCUGAGUCUAUUAGAGAGAUGUUCAAGCCUGAAAGAACUGAAAGUAAUACAUGGCCAGAUGAUCACAGUUGGUCUUGUUCGUUACAUCUACAUAACGAGCCGUAUUCUAGCCCUCUACGCAGUAUCGGAAUUUGGAGAUUUGAACAUUGCCCAAUCAAUUUACGAGCGGAUUCAGAUGCCUACCAUCUUCAAUUGGAACACAAUGAUCAAAGGCUACUCCAAAAGCUCUGAAUCCGAAAAGGGUCUCUUAAUUUAUACCCGGAUGAGAAGGGAAGUAGUCGAGCCCAAUAUGCAUACUUUCCCUGUAUUGAUCAAGGCUUGCGUUGACUUGGCUUCGCUUGCUCAAGUUCAUGGGCAAUUAGUGAAGUUCCGGUUUGAUCUUGAUGUUUAUGUGGUCAGUUCUCUGGUGAAUGUGUACUCUAAGUAUGGUGCAAUUAAUCUUGCUCGUCAAGUGUUUGACGAAACGCCAAAUAAAAAUGUUGUCUGUUGGACGAGCCUCAUUUCUGGGCAUUGUGGUGAUGGACGAAUGGGUGAAGCUAGGGAACUUUUUGAUCGGAUGCCUGAGAGAAACGAUGUUGCUUGGAGUGCCAUGAUUUCAGGGUAUGUUCAGAAUGAUUUUUUCAAUGAAGCAAUUGAGUUGUUCCAUAAAUUGAAGGUGCUUUCACAGAGGGCAAAUGGGUUCAUUCCUACAUAG